UAUUGAGAUUUGACGUUUCUUUCUGUACCAUUAAAGUGCUUUUAGCUUUGUGAGUAAAUAUGGGUAGUAACAUCAAGUAAUGUCAAUACACUGUAAAAUGUCUACCACUGCAAAUAUAGGCAAAGCUCUUGGGUCACAAGACAAGGUGACAGAAGUAGUUUCAAAUAAGAAAGACCAUAAAAAUCACAGCCAUGUUCAUUGGAGAAGACCUAAAACUUCUCGACCUGAAAGAAAUCCUAAGUAUCCAAGAAAAAGUAUACCUACGCGAAAUCGCAUGGAAGCUCAUAAUAUUAUCAAACAUCCUCUAACAACUGAAAAUUCAAUGAAAAAGAUUGAAGAAGAAAACACAAUAGUAUUCUUGGUUCAUUCUGAAGCCAACAAAUCAAGCAUAAAAAGUGCUGUUGAAAAAUUGUAUGAUGUUCAUGUUUCAAAAGUCAACACUCAAGUUCAGCCAGAUGGUCAGAAAAAAGCUUGUGUAAAAUUAGAUGUGGGAAAUGAUGCACUUGACAUUGCCAACAAAAUUGGUAUUAUUUAAACUUUCAAAAUGUUUUAUUAUUUGUAAAUAAAAAUCAUAUAUUUUGUUAAA